AUGUUCAAAGAAACGUCAAAGAACUUGUUUGGUUCGAUAAAUACCUUCAAUACGGUGGAGUAUGUCAUGUAUAUGAUGCUACUACUGACUGCGUAUUUUUUGAACCACCUGUUGCAUAGUUUGGAUAACAUCAAUCAUUUGGUUGAGUCUGAUGUUAAUUAUCAACUACUUCAAAGGGUAACAAAUAAAGUCAAGCUUUUUGAUGAGGAAGCAGUCUUGCCCUUUGCUAAGAAUCUCAAUAGAAGAACUGAACGCUUUGAUCCAAGGUUGCCUGUAGCUGCAUACCUUCGAAGCCUUCAAGAUCAGUAUUCGGAGCUUCCACAAGGUACCGACCUGAAUGAUAUUCCGCCCCUGGAGGUUUCUUUCCACUGGGAUGACUGGUUAAGUUUGGGAAUUGCAUCAACCUUUUGGGACGCCUUCGACAAUUACAACAAGAGACAAGGAGAAAAUGCAAUUUCUUACGAGCAGCUCCAAGCAAUACUUGUUAAUGAUUUGGAAGAUUUUUCUCCCUACACCGCACAUAUUCUUCACAGUAACGUGGAAGUCUACAAAUACAGAACGAUUCCUCAAAAGAUCGUCUAUAUGUCAAACAAGGGCUAUUUUGAACUCUUGGUAACCGAAAAGGAAAAACUAUCCAAUGAGGGUCUCUGGAGCAUUUUCCAUCAGAAACAAGGUGGACUUAACGAAUUCAGUAGUCUCAAUCUCAUAGAGGAGGUUGAUGCGUUGGAUGAAAUCUAUGAUUCCAAAGGGUUGCCUGCUUGGGAUCCUCCCUUCCCUGAGGAACUUGAUGCUUCAGAUGAAGAUUUCAAGUUCAAUGCCACAGAAGAACUGGCAAAGGUAGAGCAAAUCAAAGAACCAAAGCUGGAAGACAUAUUCUAUCAGGAAGGACUGCAACACGGGAUUCAAACAUUGCCUUCAGAUGCAAGUGUUUAUUUUCCUGUGAAUUACGUUGAAAACGACCCUGGAUUACAGUCCCAUCACUUACACUUCCCAUUUUUCAGUGGAAUGGUCUUACCAAGAGAAAUCCAUUCUUCAGUGCAUCACAUGAAUAAGGCGUUUUUCUUGUUUGCAAGACAGCACGGUUAUGUUGUUUGGUUCUUUUAUGGUAACUUAAUUGGAUGGUAUUACAAUGGAAAUAACCACCCUUGGGAUUCGGACAUCGAUGCCAUAAUGCCCAUGGCGGAGAUGGCAAGAAUGGCUCAUCACCAUAACAACACACUAAUAAUAGAGAACCCCCACGAUGGAUAUGGAACCUAUUUACUGACUAUUUCUCCUUGGUUCACGAAGAAGACAAGAGGUGGUAACCAUAUUGAUGGUCGUUUUGUGGACGUUAAGAGGGGUACCUACAUCGACCUCAGUGCAAUUUCAGCUAUGCACGGAAUAUAUCCUGACUGGGUUAGAGAUGGUGUGAAAGAAAACCCUAAGAAUCUGGCUCUGGCCGACAAGAACGGUAAUUGGUACCUUACUAGAGAUAUUCUCCCAUUGAGGAGAACAAUAUUCGAAGGUUCUCGAUCCUACACCGUUAAAGACAUUGAAGAUACCCUGCUUAGAAACUAUGGAGAUAAAGUACUGAUAAACACAGAACUGGCAGACCAUGAAUGGCAUGAUGACUGGAAAAUGUGGGUACAAAAAAAGAAAUACUGCACUUAUGAGGAAUUUGAAGAUUACCUGAGUGCUCAUGGAGGGGUUGAAUACGACGAAGAUGGAGUAUUGACCUUGGAAGGAGCUUGUGGAUUUGAAGAAGUCCGACAAGAUUGGAUCAUUACCCGUGAAAGUGUAAAUCUUCAUAUGAAGGAAUGGGAAGCUAUCCAGAGGAACGAAUCAACCACAGAGUAUACUGCUAAGGAUCUUCCUCGUUACAGGCCAGAUUCCUUCAAAAAUCUAUUGGAUGGAGUUUCCAAUCAUGGAAAUGGAAAUGUUGGUAAGAUAGAGCAUGUCAAACUUGAACACAACGACUAG